CGCUCCUUCGUCGUCAUCCUUCCAUUGCGCCGGUCGCGCUUACUUUCUUUGCAGGGCGUCGCGGCGUUUGCUUCACCUACCACGCAAUCAUGAUGGAGAGACCGCUGAAGCGCGCGCGCACCACCGUCACGACCGCGUCACCACUGUCGCAGGCCCACCUGCCAUUGCGCGAAAAUAAAAUAAAUGGCAUGGCCACCGAGGACGGGCUCAGGAAACGCCGACCGAAUGAUACAACCACGACCAUGCCUUCGCGCCCCGCCGCUUCUCCGCCUCCAACGUACGUUCCUCACGUCGACAUCCCGCCGAUCAAGCGGAAACCAGAUGCCGCGACGCCAAUUCCGCGUGCCUGCGUGACCGUGGUGGGGAGGGGCUUCGAUGGGGUGACCGGGCAGCCCGUGUAUACUGUGCGCGUGGAGCGGGAGCGGGAGAGCAGCGGGGCAUCGCAGAGCGACGGGGACAGCGACACGAGCCAAGAAGACACGGACAAGGCCAUCGAGGAGCUGCAAGUCGAGCUCGAAGCCGUCCUCGACUUCGUCAGCCCGCAAGAGCUCGAGCGCUUCGAAAAUGAGUUCGUGGAGUCGCCUGCGCCGGCAUCGCCCUCGGCGGCAGCAGCGACGUCCGCCCCAGACACAGCCGACGCCGGCAGCGACGCGCCCACGCCUGAAAAGCGCAAAGCUAAGGCUGCGCCCACGCGCGCCUUCGUCGACCUCCUCCCGCCCAUCACCCGAAAGCGCAAGAAGCCCGCUCCUGUCGCCAAGGGCGCCCUCGCGACAAUGGGCGACGCGUUCCCUGCCCCGCGCGACGAGGGCGCCGACGAUGUGUCUGUGUCCGUUUCCGCCUCGGCAGACGACGACGCCAGCGAACCCCUCUCCCGCGUCGACGCAGUCCUCAAGGCUAAAAUCAGCGUCAUGAGCGGCGCUGCAUCGACAUCCGACAGCGCAUCCACAGACGCGGCGCCACGCCGGCAACCCGGCCGACCACGCGUGCGUCCCAGAGAGGCAGAUAUCAUCGACCUGGACGGCAGCACCGACGUCGAGGCCGACGACGAGCAGGGCGUGUUCCGCGCGGGGGGCAAGCUGGCGUCGGCGUUGGCAUCGGCGUCGGUGGCGCAGAAGCCGAUGCGGCUGAGCCAGGGCUCCGUGCCUGUGGAGGCGGAGUCGGAUGCAGAGAAGGGGGGCGGAAGCAACAGCAGCAGCGACGCCUCGCUCGAGGUCGUGGAGCCGGUGGUAGCGGCCGGGCGCCGUGCGGGUUCUGACGCUCACGCAAGCGCACGCCCAGACGCUCGCGCUCGCCCUGCUCCCCAAGUUGAGGCACGCUCGCAGCGCCCCCUUGCUGGCCAUGCCCUCGAGCCUAUUGACUUGGACGAGGACGACGGCUCCGACGCCGACGCCGAAGUCGAAGCCGAAGCUGAAUCCGAAGCUGAAACCGAAGACGGCGCCGACGAAGAAGAAGACGAAGAAGCCGACGACGAAGACAUCUACGAAAUCGCCCAAAUCAUCCGACACAAGCGCUUCGCGGGGCAGAUGUUCUACCUCGUGCAGUGGAAAGGCUACCCCUUGCCUGUUGGGGAGGGCGAGGAUGGCGAUUGGCUUACCGAGACGGAUCUGGCGGAUGGGGCAGCGGAUGUUUUGCAAAUGUAUUUGAGGGGGUUGGGACGGUAG